UUGUACAGGGCUUGGCCGUCUAAUCAUGCGUUGACUGGCACGAUUUUGCCAUGGUUUAUUUGGAUUUAUGCAUCAAAUAACUAUGAUCUUUCGUUCGCUCAGUCGUUGUUGCUUCUCUGCUCUGUUUUUACUUGGAAUAGCGGAGUAAUCUGGAGUAGGGUUUAUUUGGGCGUUCACUCACCGUGUGACAUUGUUGCUGGUUGGGUGAUUGGUGUGGUACUUCUGUUUAUCUCUUUCGGUUUUUGUUAUCGAAUGGAAGAAUUUUACUAUAAGGCAUCAGCUGAAGCAUCUUGGAAACUGGUAUAUUUUACUUGUGCAGCGCUUUUUGCCUUGUAUAUGCAGCCAAGAUCGUGGCCAGAGACCCAAACUUUUGGUGAAGUGCGUUGUGAAUUGAAACUUUUUUGUUGA